UUUACUGGAAAAUGACAGUAUAUACACAGUAGUUAUUGGUGGAAACAAAACCUUACUUUGUAUUGAAUUACAACUGCAUAUCAAACAAUUACAGUAGAGUCUGUCUACACAGGAUGUUUAACUGAAGAGCCGAUGUAGAGGAAGGACAAGAUAUAAUGAAACUAUUGUAAGACACUUACCAUCUUACGUAUCGACGUCUCUCUCUCUCUGUUAACGGCAACUUUUCUAAUCGUAUUGAGAAAACGGAGAGACACGAUGUCGCUGAAAAGAAGAGAUGCAAUGCGAUCUAGGAGAAACAGGCAAGCAAUACCUUUCACAACCGAAGAGCACGAAAAGAUUAACAUUCUAAUAGACAAAAAGCAGGACCAACGUAAAUCUCACCCUGAGUCUGGGGACAAGCUACAAGAAAUCAAACAGAUGGUGAACGAAGUGACAAUUAUCAUGAAGGACAAUAUUGAGAAGGUUGUUGAACGAGAAGGAAAAUUAAAUACAUUAUCUGUCAGAACAGAAGAACUGGAGGCAUCGCCAUCAAGCAGUUAUACAUCGGCUGACAAGCAAAGGUCUAGCAUUGGCUAUGUGAAUGAGUCUGAUGAAGUGGUGUACCGGACGAAAAAGAAACGGAUUUCAGAUGAAGGACUUCUACAUGAAAAGGACACCGAAAGGACGAUAGAAGCAAAAGCGAACAGAGCCCAAGAGAGAGAACAUUCACAUGUUAGAGAUUACGCCGUAAGCAUCGAAACGAAAUCUCGGUCUUCUGAGAAUAGAGGUGAUGAAACUUUACCAACAACAUUAUCGGCAUCGUCGAUGAAAAAAAGUAUAUAUAGGUCAUCACAAUCAACGUCAUCUCAGUUUCAGUCUGGAGAGGAGAAGGGGGCAAAACAAACCUCAGUUUCUGCUGUGACGUCUCCACCAGCGUUUGAUAUUUAUGCUUCACCAGCGAUUGUUGAUGUUCAUCCAAACAAUUCUUCAAUAUUGUCCUUCGAAAGUGAUGUCCCACCAGCCCAAAGUCAAAGUGCACCAGCACUGAUGUCCCCUAUUGAAAUUGAUAUUUACAAUUUUUCCAAGACCUACAACUCGAACAUUGACCAAAACACUCAGUUGGUGUCGUUAGAAGAUGUGGACAGACAGACAGAUGAAGUCGUUUUGAGAAGAAAACCCGGUAUAUCUACAAAUGAAAUCAAUGAAUCAGAACCACUACAAAGGCACAAUGCUAUGAGAUCACGAAAAAAUCGUUCUGGAGUGGCAUUCACGGAUACGGAAAAAUCAGACAUCAUCACCAAUGUUGAACAAACACAAGUACAAACACCCGCGGAGGCGACAAGCCUCAGAAAGAAGCAACACCAUGUAUCAGAUGAGGUUCGUCUGCAGGUCAAUGAAGCCAAACUAUCCAUGGAAGAAAAUAUCGCAAAGGCUGAAAAGACGGAGAAAUUUUUAGAUGAAAUGGACAUAAAUCCCUCCUCCAAAAUGAUAAGAUGUCGGUCGCUCGAGAACAUAAAGGGAACAAAAUUAACGACAGACACUUCGAAUGGGAAGGACUAUUUGACGAAAUCAGAAAACAUGUCGUCAAUGCCAGCUACUUCUAAGACUGGGACAAAAGAACCCCAGCUUGAUGUUAAAUCUGAAAAUAAACGCAAGAACAAAUCAGCAACGACAUCAACAGACAAAUCCGAAUUCAAAAUUGCUUAUGUCAAAAAGAAAGCAAAGAAGGCAAAAGUAUUUCUCAAAGAAAAGCUGACAUACCACCACAGCAAUGUAGAGCAUUCUAAAGAGUACAGAGCCGACGACAAAUCACUACUACCUGCUGUCUUACUGUUUGUUCUCCAUAUAUUUCAUGCCAAAAUGGAGUAAAGAUUUUAGGAGGAGAGUAUUUUACCUUAAAAUUAUAUAUUUGAAAUCGAUGAUGAUUUUUUUUUAUCUAUGAUACUCAACUGUAUGACAAACGGGAUGAUUUGAGUUUCUCCAUCGUCAACUUCCCACAUUUAUGUAGCAAUAUUCCAUUAUCACCUGUAUAUGGUGUUUAUAUAUCUCAACUGAUUCGAUAUGCAAGAGUUUGUUCUGGGUAUAGUCAGUUUUUAAAUCGAGGUAACCCACUGACAAACAAGUUGAUGGUACAGGGAUUUCAACAGUCUCGAUUGAAGUCAGCAUUUUGCAAAUUCUAUGGUCGUUAUAACGAUCUAGUUCGUCAAUACAACCUCGCAUUGGGUCAAAUGCUGUCUGACGUGUUUCAUACCGAUUGUUAAGCCGUUCUUGGCACACUAAUUUUGACUGCGGAUAACUCCGUUUGCCUGAUCAGGAUAUGGGGCUCACGGCGGGUGUGACCGGUCAACAGGGGAUGCUUACUCCUCCUAGGCACCUGAUCCCACCUCUGGUGUGUCCAGGGGUCCGUGUUUGCCCAACUAUCUAUUUUGUAUUGCUUGUAGGAGUUAUGAGAUUGAUCACUGUUCGUUAUCUUCACCUUGCAUACAUGACAAUGGAACUUUACCUAGCAAUUAGGGAGGGGGGGGGGAGUAUGAGAGUUUUUACGUUAUCAAGGGUUAUUUUUGAAACCGUUUAUGCUAGGCUUUUUUAUUAAAACUAAAAUUGGGAAACUAGUGGCAAAUUUUGCACCCCCCCCCCCCCAUUCUUAAUGAUUAGGAAGAAAGAAGAAUUUCCGAAUUCCAACAGAUCUAGAAAACAUUAUUCAGUCAGGAUAACAAUACAGCCGUGACCAAAAUAUGGUAAAAUCUCGACACAUCAAUCUGACGAACCAACAACAUUCGUAAUGGUGGAUGUCAAAUUUUAAAUCAUUCCUCAAUUCUUCAAUAGCAGACAUGAAUCUCUAACACCCCUAUUUACUUUUAUGUGUUGCUAUUUUCUCAGGGCAUUAACACGAUCUACAAGAUUAAUGAUAUUAAGGUUUCAUAUUUUGGAUUACAAUUAGUUCAACAAUUCGUCAUUACACUAUACAAACAAAUUCUAAUAUCUACAAGCCCUCAAAAAUAUAUUUCGUUU